UCUCAGAUGUCUGUUUGACAUUUUGUGCCCUGCUUGGUAUCGUAAAAUUUCUUUACAUUUUCAAUCGCUUUAAAAUUUAGAUUAUUACAAGAUAAAAUGGAUAUAGCUGUACACAUGCUUUAAUUUAAUAGUUCAUUAUUCUUUUUCAAAAGUGUUUAUGUAUAUAAAGUGAAAAAUAAAAAUGAGUGUGUUUAAAUCUGCAAUGGGGUACUUCAGCUCUGCAAGUGCCAACGGGGGCAGUGAUAAUGAUUUUGUUGGCCAAUUUGUUGAAAUUGGUAAUAUGAAACUUCGUGUAAAAAAAGUAAUAGCUGAAGGUGGUUUUGCAUUUGUUUUUGUUGCUCAAGAUGUUGCUACUGGUACUGAAUAUGCAUUAAAGAGGCUGAUGGCAGCAGAUGAGCAAGCUAAUAAAAAUAUUAUACAAGAAAUUAGUUUACUUAAGAAACUUUCUGGACACCCCAAUAUAAUCAAAUAUAUAGCAGCCUCUUUUAUUGAUAAGACAAAAACAAGUCAUGGAAUGAGUGAAUAUCUACUAUUAACAGAUUUGUGUAGUGGAGGGAGCUUAAUGGAAGCCCUACAACAUAAGGGGCAGGCUUUUCCAUUACCAACAAUAUUAAGAGUGUUCUAUCAAACAUGUAAGGCGGUGCAUCAUAUGCACAAUCAAGUCCCUCCUAUAGCUCAUCGAGAUCUCAAAUUAGAAAAUUUUCUUAUAUCUAAUGAAGGCACAAUAAAGCUGUGUGAUUUUGGGUCUGCAACAACUGAAGUCUAUAGCCCUAAUCCAUCAUGGAGUGCUAACCAAAGAAAUAUGUUAGAAGAAAAUUUGGCCCAAUUCACAACACCAAUGUAUAGAGCACCAGAAAUGCUGGAUACUUGGGAUAAUAGGAAAAUUGACCAUGCAGUUGACGUUUGGGCACUUGGUUGUAUAUUAUACACUCUGUGCUAUAUGCAACACCCAUUUGAGGACUCGGCAAAGCUUGCUAUACUUAACGGAAAUUAUACCUUAAACCCAAAUGACCAGAAAUAUAAAUGUUUCCAUGAAAUUAUAAGUGGUUGCCUAACUGUGAACCCUGAAGUGCGAUUGUCGAUAAGCGGAGUGUUGGAGCGGUUGGCCGCCAUAGCAGAGACACAAAACAUCAAUAUCAAGCAACCACUCAAAUUUGAGCGUAAAAAAGUUGAACAAUCUGUGGCCACUAGCUCGCCAGGUGGGAAGGAUAAUGGUCCGAGCGUUCCCGAAGCACCGAACCCCCGGCCCCCAGAGCCAAGUCGGCCUCCGCCCCCUGCUAGACCUCCAGCUGCACCCCAUUACAUGCCGCCGCAAGUUCCAGCUUCAGGUGGUUUAUUUUCAUCAAUCAAAGAUGGAGCUGGUAGCUUUCUUAAAAAUCUGAAGGACACCUCGUCGAAAGUUAUGCAGACUGUUCAACAGUCCAUAGCAAGGGCUGAUUUGGAUAUUAGCUAUAUAACAAGUCGUGUUAUUGUUAUGUCCUACCCGUCGGAUUUACUUGAGAGUGCUUAUAAAACUAACCAUAUUGAAGAUGUUAGAUUAUAUCUCGAAAGCCACCACCCAGGUGGAAAAUACUGUGUCUAUACAGUUCAUGAUGCGAAGGCCCGGUUUCCGAGACGGCAGUUAGUGACGGAUACGUCUGUGUGGCCAACUGAGGAACAUCGUGCGCCGUUAUUAGCACCAUAUUACGCGUUAUUACAACAUAUGUAUCAGUAUUUGGGAAAGGACGACAAAAGUGCACUCGUUAUUGCGUGUCCGGAUGGUAAAACAAGAUCGGCGAUGCUUCUAUGUGGUCUCCUUCUAUACGCGAAAUUAGUAACGGUCCCCGAAGACGCGCUACAAAUAUUUGCUGUGAAGCGAACGCCUAUUAAUAUGUCGCCAAGUCAGCUACGAUACUUAUACUAUCUUCAUAAUAUAGUCAGACCUGAACCCGUGUUACCACAUUUUAGGCCAGUAUCUUUAGUUUCGUUAACCAUUCAACCAGUGCCAUUAUUUACGAAAGCCAGGGAUGGCUGCCGACCCUACCUCGAAGUGUAUAAUGAAGACAGACUUAUAUCUCCUCCGCUGCGAGGCUACGAAAGCUUGCAUUUGUACAAUAUGGCGGAAGGAAAGGUAACACUGCCUGUGGAUGCCACAGUGUCUGGUGACGUGGUAGUGGUAGCAUACCACGCGCGACAACAGCUCGGACGACUCCAACGAGUUCCGAUGCUGUCUGUCUCCUUCUAUGCCGGUUUCUUGGCGUACGACCAGCACGUUAUUAAAUUUAAUAGAUCUGAAAUAGACGGCAUAGAUGAAGCAUCACCCGUGAAUGACCACUUUUCAGCGAAUGUGUCCGUAGUAAUAAGCCUAGUGGUUCAAAAUGGCGAACGCCGCAAACCACGAAGCGAUGUAUGGGAAGAAGACCAUUCCUUCCCGAUACGAACGCCCGAUGUAUUAUUCUCGUCUACGUUGGAGAGAGAUGAAACUGUUGAUAACUUUGUCACAGCGGACUAUCCUCCGAGGGAAGGUGAGAAGCCGCCUCGUCCCGCACCCCCUUCCCCGCAACGAAACAUCGCGCCCAAAGAAUCCGCCCCAGACACAGAUUUCCUCAAUAUAGCAAAGCAAGAGGAAGCAAAACCGAAACAAUUGAAAAGCGAAGACUCGUUUGAUUUCUUCGGAAUGAUGGAGAAACCGGCUGAUGAGAGUUUUGGUGAUUUCUUGAGUAAAAAGAUUGAAGAUAAUCCACAGCCAUUUUCUGAGAAUAUAUUCGGAGACUUGCCCCCUCCGCCGACCAGUGUAGCACCAAACGCCAACUCUAGUGAUCUCAAUUUCGAUCCGUUUGGUUUAAACGAUCCUUUGCCGAAACAAGAACCGCUGUUAACCCCGCAAUUGAUUAAGGAAGAAGGUCGUUCUCAAAGCGUUCCAUUAGAAAAGGCGCAAGCGAGAAACGAUCCUUUCGCUGAUAUCGGUUCUUUGGGGACGGGACUGAAUAAUCCUCCCAACGUAAUACCAAACGUCGCCCAACCAACACCAACGGCCCCUGCGUUUGCCAGCGUCGGUCCUUCCCCAACGAGUACUGGCGCCGCAUUCGCGAACGUUGGCCCAACGCCCCCAACUAAUCCAACCGCAUUUGCCAAUGUCGGCCCAUCGCCAUUGGCUACUCCCAGGGCGUCUCCUGCGCAUACUCCGUCGCAUCGGGCGCAUACGCCACAACAGCCCGAUUAUAGCCGAAGCCAUUUCGAUGCUCCAAAAACAGCCGAGGAGAAAGUAAAGAAGCCGGCUGAUGUGUUUGGCGAUCUUCUUGGAAGUCAGGGAUACGACUUCGCGAAACGUGACUCGGGUCCGAAGACAAUGAACGCUAUGAGAAAAGAGGAGAUGGUCAAAGAAAUGGACCCGGAAAAACUGAAGAUUAUCGAUUGGACGGAGGGCAAGAAGGCGAACAUUCGUGCUCUUCUGUGUUCGCUGCAUACAGUUGUGUGGGACGACUGUCGGUGGACACGAUGCGACAUGUCCCAACUGGUGACUCCCGCAGACGUCAAACGAAACUAUAGGAAGGCGUGUCUCGCUGUACAUCCCGAUAAGCAAAUGGGCACACAGAACGAAAAUAUAGCAAAAAUGAUAUUUAUGGAACUAAAUAACGCAUGGAGUGAAUUCGAGAAUGACACCAAACAACAAAAUUUAUUCCAGACAUAAAUGCUCGCUGUCCUGCCCAUUACAGUCCUGUAUGAGAAGGAAAGCAAUAUCUAAAUAUACUCGAUAUUUUUGCUGCAGCUAAAACAAUAAAUAUUCCAGGUUUUUUAUGAGUUUACUUGCUUAGUUUGUACAAACAUUCGACUCGAAAUAGUUUAAGUUUGAGAGUGUUGCUAGUUUAGCAUAAUAUUAAAAUUAUUUAUUUCGCAUUUCACUAUAAGUACAUUUAGGCGCAAGUUUUUAUGUGCCCCUAAGACGAACAAUUUUCUGUCCUUCAAAAAUGUAAUUGUCAAAAACUGACGUACACCUUCUAUUUGUCAAAACGUAAACUGUGUUGAGGAUACUGUCAUAGAUUAUAAAUCAGAUAGUAUUAUCUAUAGUUUAGUCAAAUGUAGCUUUCGUAUAUAAUUUAAUAUUGGAUAUGUUCUGUGCGUAUCUAAAAAUAUAGAUAGUCUGAUUUGGUACUUACAAUUUUGUGGUGGUAAACUGAUUUUCAGAGAUUCUAUUAUUUCUUUUGUGGCGAGAAUUUAAAGACUAAGUUCAAGAAAUUAUUUAGUAAUAUAGUAUUUUUUCUAUUUUGCGUGUAUAUAGUUCAAGAUUUAUAGAUAAGCUUUAGGUGCGCCCGCGCAACUGUUUACGAAACAAUAUGGUGAAUGGUAUAUUUUAUCAUGUAAGAUGUAGCAAAGUUACUCCUUUAGAACGAAUAGUGGUUGGUAGUAACUCCUAAAAAUUGUAUUGAGCUUAACGUUUUAUACAUUCCGAUGUCUGGUCAAAUAUGUUAUUUAAAUUUAACGGAAAAAGUUACGAUAGAGUUGCCAUGCAUGUCACAUUAUUUUUUCCAGGUCUCCUUUAUUUUCAUUCUUUAUCCUGUGGUUUCCGCAUUUAGUAUUAUUCUUGAAAAUUAGAUUUUCCAUAUGGCAACUCUAGUUACACGCUAUAACGUUAUAUAAUUUAAUUUAAACCAGUGCAAUUGUUCCUAGAGUAAUGUCUUAUGUUGGCCUACAAUGGUAGUGUUUAUGAAUUCUAAAUGUAUAUACGUCGCAUUAAUUCGAGCAAAUGUCAGAGUAAGACAACAAUACAUUUGUCUGUUCGUCAAUGGUUCGAGGAUGCACGAAGCGUGCCCGAUCUCUGUAUAUUUUGCUUAUAUUUGACUAUGUAUAUUUAACAAAGUUGUUCAAAAUAAAUAUUAUGAUAUACA